AGAAAAGGAAGUCAGAUAGGAUCUUUCGAAGAUGUUUUGGCUGCCUUGGAGAUUUGGAGAUCUGAUGCCACGAUGAGGACUCACACACGGGGGGCUCCCAGUGUGUUUUUCAUAUGUCUGCUUUGCCUGGGGUCAGCCCACACUACAGAUGAGAACCCAGAAGUCCUGAUUCCCUUCACCAACGCCAACUACGACAGCCACCCCAUGCUGUACUUCUCCAGGUCACAGGUGGCAGAGCUGCAGCUCUGGGCCGUGAGCUCACACGAGCACAUCGCGGCCCGGCUCACUGAAGCUGUGCACACCAUGCUCUCCAGCCCUUUGGAGUACCUCCCUCCCUGGGACCCCAAGGACUACAGUGCCCGCUGGAAUGAAAUCUAUGGGAACAACUUGGGCGCCUUGGCCAUGUUUUGUGUGCUGUAUCCCGACAACAUUGAAGCUCGAGACAUGGCCAAAGACUACAUGGAGAGGAUGGCGGUGCAGCCUAGUUGGUUGGUGAAAGACGCUCCUUGGGAUGAAGUCCCACUCGCUCACUCCCUGGUGGGUUUUGCCACUGCUUAUGACUUCUUGUACAACUACCUGAGCAAGAUGCAGCAGGAAAGGUUUCUUGAAGUGAUUGCCAAUGCCUCAGGAUAUAUGUAUGAAACAUCAUACAGGAGAGGAUGGGGCUUUCAAUACCUGCACAAUCAUCAGCCCACCAACUGCAUGGCUCUGCUCACAGGAAGUCUCAUUCUGAUGAAUCAAGGAUAUCUGCAGGAAGCGUACUUAUGGACCAAACAAGUCCUGACCAUCAUGGAGAAAUCCCUGGUGUUGCUCCGAGAGGUGACCGACGGCUCCCUCUAUGAAGGGGUGGCGUAUGGCAGCUACACCACCAGAUCUCUGUUCCAGUAUGUGUUCCUUGUGCAGAGGCACUUCGGCAUCAACCACUUCGGCCAUCCUUGGCUUAAACGACACUUUGCGUUUAUGUACAGAACCAUCUUGCCAGGGUUUCAAAGGACUGUGGCUAUUGCAGACUCAAACUACAACUGGUUUUAUGGUCCAGAAAGCCAGUUAGUGUUCCUGGAUAAAUUUGUCAUGCGGAACGGCAGUGGAAACUGGCUGGCUGACCAGAUCAGAAGGAACCGUGUGGUGGAAGGUCCAGGAACUGCAUCCAAAGGGCAGCGCUGGUGCACUCUGCACACGGAGUUUCUCUGGUAUGAUGCCAGCCUGAAAUCAGUUCCUCCUCCAGAUUUUGGCACCCCUACAUUGCAUUAUUUCGAAGACUGGGGUGUUGUGACCUAUGGAAGUGCACUACCUGCAGAAAUCAAUCGAUCUUUCCUUUCCUUCAAGUCAGGGAAACUUGGGGGACGUGCAAUACAUGACAUUGUCCACAAAAACAAAUACAAAGAUUGGAUCAAAGGAUGGAGGAAUUUUAAUGCAGGGCAUGAACAUCCUGACCAGAACUCUUUUACUUUUGCUCCCAAUGGUGUGCCUUUCAUUACUGAGGCUCUUUAUGGGCCAAAGUACACCUUUUUCAACAAUGUUUUGAUGUUUUCUCCAGCGGUGUCAAAAAGCUGCUUUUCUCCCUGGGAAGGUCAGGUCACAGAAGACUGCUCAUCCAAAUGGUCGAAAUACAAGCAUGACCUGGCAGCGAACUGCCAGGGGAGAGUGGUUGCAGCAGCGGAGAAAGAUGGGGUGGUCUUCAUCAGAGGAGAAGCUGUGCGAGCUUAUAACCCCCAGCUGAAGCUGAAGAACAUUCAGAGGAAUUUGAUCCUCCUCCACCCACAGCUUCUCCUCCUUGUAGACCAGGUACACCUGGGAGAGGAGAGCCCCCUUGAGACAGCAGCGAGUUUCUUCCAUAAUGUGGAUGUUCCCUUCGAGGAGACAGUAGUAGAUGGGGUCCAUGGGGCUUUCAUCAGGCAGCGAGAUGGUCUGUAUAAAAUGUACUGGAUGGACGAUACUGGCUACAGUGAAAAAGCAACCUUUGCCUCAAUGACAUACCCUCGAGGUUAUCCCUACAAUGGGACAAACUAUGUGAAUGUCACCAUGCACCUCCGCCGGCCCAUCACCAGGGCAGCUUACCUCUUCAUAGGGCCAUCUGUGGAUGUGCAGAGCUUUAGCAUCCAUGGAGACUGGCAACGACUGGAUGUGUUUAUAGCCACCAGUGAGCAUGCCUAUGCGACUUACCUGUGGACAGGUGAAACCAUGGGACAGUCGGCCUUUGCACAGGUCAUUGCAGAUCGCCAGAAAAUUCUGUUUGACCAGAGUUCCGCCAUCAAGAGCACCUCUGUCCCUGAGGUGAAGGACUAUGCUGCUGUCGUGGAACAAAACCUGCAGCAUUUUAAGCCAGUGUUCCAGCUGCUGGAAAAACAGAUCCUAUCCCGAGUCCGGAACACGGCGAGCUUUAGGGAGACUGCUGAGCGCCUGCUAAGAUUUUCAGAUAAGAGACAGACUGAGGAGGCCAUUGACAGGAUUUUUGCCAUAUCUCAGCAACAACAGCAACAGCAGAGCAAGUCAAAGAAAAGCCGAAGGGGAGGCAAACACUAUAAAUUUGUGGAUGCUGUCCCUGAUAUUUUUGCACAGAUUGAAGUCAAUGAGAAAAAGAUUCGACAAAAAGCUCAGAUUUUGGCACAGAAAGAACUACCCAUAGAUGAAGAUGAGGAAAUGAAAGACCUUUUAGAUUUUGCAGAUGUAACAUAUGAAAAGCAUAAAAAUGGAGGCUUGAUGAAAGGUCGGUUCGGACAGGCACGGAUGGUGACAACUACUCACAGCAGAGCCUCGUCACUGUCUGCUUCAUAUACCCGACUGUUCUUAAUUCUGAACAUUGCGAUUUUCUUUGUCAUGUUGGCAAUGCAACUGACUUAUUUCCAGAGAACCCAGAGCCUACAUGGCCAAAGAUGUCUUUAUGCAGUCCUUCUGAUAGACAGCUGCAUCUUACUGUGGCUGUACUCCUCCUGUUCCCAGUCACAGUGUUAGCACUGAAGCUAUGAAUUGCUUGAUCAUUUAAUGAUCACAAGAGUCUAUGCAAAUAAAAAAUUGUUGCUCCAGUUCCUAAAUUUUUUUUCUCAGAUUCAGUUUAACAAACUAAGGGAUGACAUUUUUGCAUAAGAAAGAAAGGGCAUGGAGAAAUUAGAAUUGGAGCAAGCAAAGAAUGUAUCAAAGGAAUGAGAGUAACUUGAUUGUUCCCUGGUGUUUCUUGAAGUGUCUGGCUUUUCCAGUUUACCAGUCUUCAUACUACUACUUUUAGAAGGAACAAGAUGUCUGUUUUUUUUAAAUAAUAUUUUUUCUUAAAGGAAACAAAAAAACAUUUUGAUAAAACUGGGUUUUAUUAUCAUUAAUUUAAUGCUAUUAGUAAUUUCCAGAUACUAUAUUUUGAAAAAGACUGAAGCACACAGUUGUAUGAAAUAUAAACUUUUAAAGAAUGAAUGACAAGAUUUGCUAGUAUAAGACUUGGAUGAUUAUUCAUAUAAUGUAAUAAAGAUGAUGGUAGAAGAUCAUUAAAAAAUUCUCUAUUUUCAGUAGCAAAUGAAUAUACAAAUGAGUAUUUACUUGAUGAUGUUUGCCACUGCAAGCAUAUAAUUGGUUGGUUUAAUGUAUUCAUUGUUUUUUCAAUAAGCAAGACAAUUAUAAAUGGAAACUGUUAUAGAUUCAGUGACUAAACUUUUCAAAAUGAAGUAUUUUAUAUCCUGAAUUUUAAUACCAAAGAAUAUGGGAGAUCUAAUCUGGAUAUGAUUCUUAUGCUUUUUAAAUAAAAAAAAAAAACUUUCUUCAGGUUUA